AUGAAAUCUAUAACUACUCCAAAAUGGAGGCAAUCUUUGCCCUACUUAACUCUGGUAUAUGUUAUCCUCUACAUUCUUAACAAGAAAAUUUCACAAAAAAUAUUAAUAAGCUACCACGAAAUUCACAUCAAGACAGGCUCAGAUCUUCCUCUCCGAUUCCGAUAUGAUGGCACUUUCAAAAUACUUCAGGUGGCUGAUAUGCAUUAUGGAAUGGGAAUGACGAGUCGUUGCAGAAACGUGAUGGCCACUGAGUUUGAAUACUGUUCUGAUCUCAACACCACUCGCUUUCUUAAGAGGAUGAUUGAAGCUGAAAAGCCUGAUUUUAUUGCUUUUACUAAAGAUAACACAUGUGGGAAAAGCACAACAGAUGCCGCUGAAUCUCUGCUAAAAGCGUUUGGUCCUGCUAUUGAAUCUGGGCUUCCAUGGGGAGCUGUUUUAGGAAACCACGACCAAAAAUCAACAAUGAAUCGCCAAGAGCUUAUGCAUUUUAUCUCUCUUAUGGAUUAUUCAGUUGCACAAAAUAAUCCCUCCAUUAAUACUGCGAAACAACACAUCGAUGUCUUCGGGAACUAUGAUCUCAAAGUUUAUGGUCCUCCUGGUUCACAUUUGGCAACCAACAGUGUCUUCAAUCUUUUCUUUCUUGACAGUUGGGAUAGGGAAAUUGUUCAGGGAGUUUCAACUUAUAGGUGGAUUAGAGAAUCUCAACUUUCUUGGCUUCGCGGAGUUUCUGAGCAAUUGCAGGGUCAAAAGCAGGAUUCAAAUGAUGAAUUGGUAAGGGCUUGCCCAGCACCAGGAAUAGUAUUUUUCCAUAUCCCAGUACCAGAAAUGCAAGAGCUAUAUGACAAAGAGAUUGUAGGACAGUUUCAGCAGGCUGUGUCGUGUUCAAAAGUGAAUUCAGGUGUUCUACAGACAUUGGUUUCCAUUGGAGACGUGAAGGCUGUGUUCGUGGGACAUGACCAUACUAAUGAUUUCUGUGGGAAUAUUGAGGGUAUUUGGUUAUGUUAUGGUGGAGGUUUUGGAUACCACGCCUAUGGAAGGGCUGGAUGGCCAAGGAGAGCAAGAGUUAUAUUGGCAGAGCUUUGGAAGGGUGAGAAUGAAUGGGUGGGAGUUGAGAGGAUCAAGACUUGGAAGCGUCUUGCUGAUGAGAAGCUGAGCAAGAUUGAUGAACAAGUACUGUUGGAAGUUUGGCCAUCAAGAUGA